AUGGCGGGCACGGAGCAUCCAGAUCUACAUGUGACCGUCACCCUCGAAGAUGUCGACCUUCGUGAGCCCAUCCCCAAGCGAACCGUCACCCUCCGAGGCCCCGCGUGGCAUGUCAAUAUUGGCCGUGGCACUCAGAGCGGCUACGGAGGUAUCACUGCAGCCCCAGACAACACCUGGUUUGACUCGAAGGUUAUGUCAAGAAACCAUGCCAUCUUGCGAGCAGAUCCUGCGACAAAGGACAUUCUGAUCGAAGACAUCGGCUCAAUGCACGGCACUCAGCUCUGUGGGAGGAGACUAUCAACCUACCAGGUUGAAAAGGUCUGGUGUGGGGACAAUGUGACCCUGGGUGCUGAUGUGGUGAGAGGCAGUGCCCAUUUCAGCGCUCUUAGACUACGAGUUGCUUGGAAAUGGUCUGACGAAAGUUCUGACUCGAAUAAUCUCCAUUCAUCUCACAGCAACAUCUAUCGAAACACUUUUACCGCCGACUACUACAGCGAAGACGAAGCCUAUGAGGAACCUUCUUCGGAAAUUCUGGGUGACCAAGAAGAACCCGACUACCAGGUCUACGAGGAGGUGGACGGCCACCUUUCAGAGUCCGCCAACGAAGAUCAGGUCAUUCAAGAUUCCGUCCGCGAAGCCAGCAUCGAGGUCGUCGUACCCCAGGCCCCACCCCUCACUACCCCAGACUCUGAUGAGGUUUCUACUCAGGACAGCUCGUCGCUUGAGGAAUUUUCAGACGACGAGACAGAAUCUGCCAUGAGAUCUAAGAUCGUCACUCUGUCUCCGGUAUACACGCUUACUCCGGUUACCUCGGCCACGCAUCUUGACAAGAACGCACCCUCUCCACCAUCAGCCACUAGCCCCGCUGAUGUUAUCCACUUUGGAAAGAGUUACGACAACGGAGAUACCUCUGAACCCGAGUCCUGUGCGGAUGACGAGCUCGAGAACGAAUACUCAGAUCCCCUCGAAACAGACUAUGUUCCGUCCUCACAGACUGAGGCCGCUCCAAGCAGCUCCAUCAUGAACGCUCCAAUACCACAGGAGCACGGCCGAGCUCCCAGCCCAUCUGAUGCAGCCAUGGUCAAGCCGUCAGGCGAAUCUGCCAACUUCGCCUGGUCGACGGCUCCUCCAUGGCCCAAGUACCCGCAGUAUGGCCUACCAUUUUGUGGUUUCGUACAUCCAUCAGGCCGACCAGGACCCGACCUGACUGACAAUAACUCUGCUUUAUGCGAUCCUGUGCCACGGCCAUCAACACAGCAGCGCUCGCAGUUUGAUUCGGUCUACCAGCCGUCUCACACUACUUGUCCACCGGUUUAUGCUGCGCCUUUCGGUUUUCAAGGACCUGCCGGGCCUGCUCCAGCUCACCCAUUAUCACCGCUUUCGAUUGCAAGCCUUGUCCAACAACAGCCUGAGGAAGAAUCAAGGGGUUCCAAGAAACGAAAGGCUGACCAAAUCUCCUCGGACACUCUCCACGCAAACCCUGCGCCAUCCGAAUUUGCUUCCUCUGAGAUUGGCAACGUUCAUGCCGCCCUAAUGUCGAAUGAUGCCGACGUUAUGAGGCCUGCCGCCACAACCAUAGAGCUAAAUCAACCACCCCUGGCUACGGAAGUUGCUGAGGCUGCGCCUGCAACAAACUCUGAGCCACUGCGAAAGAGGGCUAGGAGAUCGAAGUCGAGAACCGGCGAACGACGUGGCCAUGGCAUCAUCAAAAUGGCUGCAGCUACCAUUACAGGCAUGGCCAUUGGCGCCGUAGGUACGGUCAUCGGCCUUGCAGCUUUGCCACAAGACUACUUCAUUUGA